CCCUCCUUCAACGUCGUCAGCGACGACAUAUUCUCAAUAAACUGACACAAUGCUACUAGAUUCAGACGGCGAAAACUUUGUCCAAUACGUCAACAGGUCGUUAGACGAGGAGGAAGACUUCCACUUUCUGCGGUUCGAGUUCCUGCAGCGACUGAAUCUCGCCCAGCUACAGGUGAAGCUUGUGCGGACAAAGAGCCAAUUCCAAAAGAGCGGCAAGGCAUCGCCGGCAGACUUGGAGACACUCCAAACUACUCUUGCUGCAUAUGCAACUGCAAUCCGCGACUACAGGGAACUCAGAUCAGCAAGAGGCAUUGACAAUGCUGAAACCAAGAAGCGUAAACUCCUGCUCCAGCGCUUUUUUCAGUCCGAAAACGACUUCAACGACCCCUUUCACUCCCACUACGCUUUCUUCAAGCACGGCGAGAAGCAGAUCGACCCUGUUCGCCGGGCAUUGAUGCGAUAUCUCCCCGCACGGCUUGCAUAUUCAGACGAGGAACGAAGACAGAGGAGUAGGGAAUAUGCAGAGGGGAAGCCCCCGUUGCGAGUGUCCCAGUUUGUUGAUAAACUUGUCCGGUUCUCGGUUUCUAUCACGGGUGGGACAUUUCUCGUUAUACCGAUGCUCAUCAUGGCGAUCCAAUCAUCGCAGGUGAAGAGCUUGGUUACUGUGUCGAUAUCAGUCAUUGUUUUUGCGCUUAUUUUGUCGUUUGCAAUUCGGCUGACCAAUGUUGAGACUCUUGUGUCGACGGCAACAUAUGCUGCGGUUCUUGUUGUCUUCGUGGGUACCAGCGUGGGUGGAGGUUCAUGAUAUAUUACUACCUAUAAUAUUAGCAACGUGGUAGCGCUAGAAGGAUGGAGAACUUGCAUUGUUAAAUAAUUCGGUAUAAUCUCUCAAGACCGAGGACUUAGAGUUAUCUAUAUAUCGAGCAUUGUGUGUCCCGU